AUGUUUCUUUACCAUGUGUACUUGAUCUGGAGCGGUAUGACUACCAACGAGAGCGCAAAGUGGGGCGACUGGCGAGACGAUAUUGCAGACGGACUCGUAUUCAAAGCAAGGAAAAGUGAAAUAUAUCCCGAAAAGCAUCCGGAUGCGGACAUUGUCGAACCAUACGUUUCAUGGCCAAUCCAGGUUGACCAAACCCUGAUUUUCACAGACGAUGGACAUCCCCCAAGGGUUGGGUUUAGUCUGGCUAGGGAAUGUACCUCAGUCACCCAACCUGUGGAUUUGGACGCGGCCCCCGAUACAAGAUGGAUGAGAGUAAAAAGCCUGAAGGAUGUGGUCAAUAUAUACGAUCGGGGGUUUUCGACGAAUUUGAGGGAGGGGUUGCGUUUGCGUCAAUGA